UGACAGACGUUCAUUCAUGUAGUACACAUGUGGAACAUGUUUUCUUCUUUAUUUUUUAAAAUUCCCUGAUUGAUGUACAAAACAUUUGUAGUUCAAAAUGCAAUUUGUCUAUCAGAGAUUAACAUUUCAGUGCACUUCAUCUGCUGAACAGAUGCAGACUUGUAAAGCGCUUCAUGCACAUAUCCACAGAUGCACAAAGUCACACAAACACAUACACAGUCCAUAAAAGACCACUCAUGACUGACCCAGCCGGGGAGUGUUGGGUUAAUCCACAAAGCGGCGAAAUUCUGAUGCAUACCCAACCGAGAGGAUUACCCUCCCAUCCUCUCAUCCAUCAGCCCUUCCUCAUGCACAUACACUCAUCAUAACAAUCCAACAUUAACAGAUGUGCCUCUCUCAGCACUCACCACUACUGGGAGAUUGGGAGAGGGAGCGAGAGAGAUGGGAAAGUGGGAGAGAUUUACAGGAGGACUGCAGAGUAAGUGAAGAGGUAAGCGGAGAGAGAAACAGGGGUAUUCCACAUGUUGUCGGUUUCUUGUUGAUCUUCGUUUCUCACUCCAGUUUCUUGCAGGCCCAUUAACUCCACACUGGCUGGAGUUUAGAGUCACAUCCAGGAAGGACCUGACCAACUGAUUGCAGGACGCAUGGAACGUAAAUGUUGCCUCCUCCUUUGAGCUUCAUCUUCAGCUUCGAAUAUGAGGAGUGCACUUAUUUGACACAGUUGGCAGCAAAGUGCGGUUGCACUCUAACUAUCACCGCUGACACCUGUGUCAAUCGGUUAACAAGAAAAGAAGAAACAAAGCCAGGAAAAGAGAAGAAAUGGAGGCCUGCACUUUGAAAGCAUCUUUCAAGAUGUGAGAAAGCACAAAGCCGAUCUUUUCCUUCACAAAUAGCAUUGGAGGAGCAGUUGCUACAAGGAUGGGCCUGUGUGCUUGUGUGCUACCUCUACUGCUGCUAUUGCCUAGCCUACUUUCUGCUCAGCUCAGCAAUGUGUCUGAAGUUGAGGACACGUCCAGUUUGGAGUUCACCCCAACACCUACUAACCCAAAUACCUUAGCAGGGAAGAGCUCGUCACCCAGCCCCCUACCAACCAGUCCGGCUCCUGUAAAAGUGAGCACGGAGGAGGACCGGUCUGCCGUGGAGAACUACCUCUAUACUGCCAAUUCAUCCUCUUUAGCUGCCUCUACCUGCACACAAGCAUUCCAGCUGCCUGUUCAGCGGGGAUCUCCACCUAGAGAACUUCUCCCUCUCUUGCACCAAGCCAUAGCGUCUCUGACCAAUGCGGCCAACUUUCUCAACCUGAUAUUUCAAGCAAGUGAGCUGAGAGAAACAAGUGUACGAGAAGAUAUCGAGUGGUACCAUGCACUGGUCCGGGCCAUGCUCGAAGGGGACAGGCCCGGCCUGGUCAGACGAGCUUUUCUAACAUUCGACGCAGACCCCAUAAUCCAACAGCCCCAACUGGUGCUCCGUGCCUCUAAAGGGACAACCCAGGACAUUCUCCUGCAGGACUUGACGUCUGGCUGGAGUAGCUUCCGUCCUCCUGCCCCUGACCAAAGCUGGUUUGAUUCAUUCAAGUCUAGCUCUCCACCCCUCCAUGCCUUGUCUAAGCGGGUUCUUCUAAAUGACCUAAGCACCCUAGAUACUCCCAAGUGGGCACGUGGGGAUAGUUAUGUGAUCAAUAGCAGCGGGGUUCAGUGGGGCGAAGCCCCUUUCCUUGAGUGUGUUGAUGGACGCUUUUUGCCAGGGUGGUUACUCAGCCUCUCAAUGCCAUUUUACGGGUUGAAGCCAGACCUCAGCCCAGAGUUCAGGGGUGUGAUCCGUGUUGACGUCAAUGUCCAGGGAUUCAAUGUGGAUCAUUGUGCCAGUGGAGAUUUCUGGUUUGCAAACACACACCAAUGUAAUCGUACCAGCAUGGAGUGUGAGCCCAUCCCACAACAGGGCUUCCGGAUGGGUCAGUACUGCUGCCGAUGCAAAAAGGGCUAUUACAGUCCAAAUCCAGACAUACAAAACAAAAGGAACAACCAGGUAAAUAGUACCCAAGCUUGUUACCCAGAAGUCCCUGUGUGUCUGCCCUGUUGGCCUGGCUGUGCUGAGUGUGAGGAUGGAGGCCCGUGUUGGGUGCAGGAAGACUGGCUCUUGAGAACAGGCGUCCUGGCUGUGCAGGGCCUCUUCAUGGUCCUUGUGCUUAUUAGCAUGCUGGUAGCAUAUCAGUGCAGAAGUACCAAGCGGAUCCGAUCGUCAGGGCUUUUGCUGCUGGAGAUGAUCCUGUGUGGCUCUCUGUUGCUUUACUUCCCAGUCUUUAUUCUAUACUUCAAACCCAGCACUUUCCGGUGUAUUCUACUCCGCUGGGUCCGUCUGCUUGGCUUUGCCAUUGUUUAUGGAACUGUGACGCUCAAGAUGUACCGGGUUCUGAGGGUUUUCCUGUCACGUACAGCCCAGAGAGUGCCAUACAUCACUACCAGGGGUGUGCUGAGGAUGCUGGGAGUUAUAGUGCUUACUGUCAGUUGGUUCCUGUGUGCAUGGACAGUGGGCGUCCUGCAGAAUCGAGACCGAAAUGUGCCAUUGCUGAUCAUUUCCACCACCUCAGAAGGACAAGGCUUCAAUGUGUGUGACCUGGACCGGUGGGACUACAUGAUGGCUGUGGCGGAGCUGUUGUUUCUGUGCUGGGGCAGUUUCCUGUGCAGUGCAGUGAAGGCGGUACCUUCAGCAUUUCACGAACCACGUUACAUGACCAUCGCUAUCCACAAUGAGCUACUGCUCUCCUCCGUGUUUCAUCUUCUCAGAUUUGCCAGACCAUCGAUUCAUCCUGACUGGAUGCUCUUGCUGUUCUUCGCUCACACGCAUGUCACAAUUACUGUAACACUCGGCCUGCUUUUUGUACCUAAGUUUCUUCACAUGUCACGGCCAGGCCGAGAGGAAAUAGCUGCAGAGGUAUAUGAGGAGGAGGUGGAAUUGCGACGCUCAUGUUCUUACCUCAACAGCAGUUUCACCUCUAACUGUUGGAGUGACCACAGCCUGGACCCUGAUGACAUUCGGGAUGAGCUGAAGAAACUAUAUUCUCAGUUGGAAGUCCACAAGACCAAGAGGAUGGCAAACAGCAAUCCCCACCUUCCGAAGAAGCGCAGCUCUCGCCUCAGUAUUGGACGAUCCCUUAUAAAACGGAUCACUGAGAUCCCAGAAAGUUUAAGCAGGCAAUGCAGCCGUGAAGACAAGGAUGUCAGUGCUGCAAUAGGAACUAUAUCCCGAUCUGGAUCUUAUUACAAAGUCCAUCAAACCACAAGCAUUAACACAAUGACUGAAACUUUAAUGCAGCCCUCUCCAAAGCUGCGGAAGUCCCAUAGUGCCUAUGACUGUACCCCAGAAAGAGAGGUCUCCCUAUUAAGCUCCUCCAUCAAGAGCACAACAGCCAAGAGGGCUUCCCAGCAUUCUGAUGCAGGAUCCAUCAAUACAACAUUGCUGGUCUGCAAGUCUGCCAGUACCCACAAUCUAUCGUUAGACACUAACCUUCUACUUCCCGAGCCUACCAGGUUUCAAAAGUCACUCAGCGUUAUAGAACGAAAUGACCACCGCUCUGUGACUACUUGUAGAAGCAUUGAAAAUGUGUCACUUCCUGGCAAAGCUGCCCCAGCAGAAAAGCCCCUGCCAACUGUGGAUGUCGACAUAAAGAAGCAGACUUCAAGUGCCUUGCUCUCAGAGUCAUUUGACAAGGCAGAGGUCUGCCCAUGGGAGGUUCCAGAGGAACUCCCUGCAAACAAGAAUCAAAAACAUGUCACAUAUUCUCUUUCAAAUCAAGAUGAACCCAAAUCACCUGGUGCCAUCUCGUCACCAACGCUACUAUAUGUUUGUCCUUGGGAAUACUUACCACCUCCUUCUCCCCCUGCAACAGAAACUGGCAAUGGUAUACAGUCAGAUAUUGAUUCCACAAAACCCAAGCCUCCAAUCUCCUGUAGCGCUCCAGGGUCGCCACAUACAGUCUCCUGCAAGCCAAAGGAUUUUCGGGUUUUCUCUUUCCACUCUGCUACCCACAGUCUCCUUGCAGCAAAGGGCAUUGGGGAACUUGGAAGAAGUAUGAGUAGAGAGAAAAGCCUACAAGAAAGUAAUGUUAAGGAGGGAACACUACAAAAAUCCCUUUCCACAUCCAUGAGAUUGUCCCCAGGCAGUGCAACUUCAGACAAACGUACCCCGCAGACACACAGACGGGCUAUGACUACCGUAGGCACAAAACCUAGCCUUGUGAAGCAAACAGCAAUACGGCUGCCAUCUACAGAUUCUCCUGAAAAGAGCCCCAAACAUAUUGCCCCAGUUCACAUUUGUCCAUGGGAGUCAGAAGAGGUUAUCUUGGAGGUCAAGAAGCAGAAUGUGAACGACAGUGUCUUACAAAGACAAUACAGUGACAAGCAAGUACUCUCUAUGACAGUAAAUAAUGAUGGCUUCAAAGCAACUGAGCUCCAACUAAAAUCUUUAUUGUCUGUUCCUAAUCCAGAAGUGUGUCCAUGGGAUGUCCCAAAACCUUUUCAUCAAACCAGCAUUUCUGAUGUCUGUCCUUGGGAAGUUGUGGAAGUAGAGCAAUUGCAAACUAAGAGCAUACAUACUGAUGUCUGUCCCUGGGAAACAGAUUGUGACCCAUCAAGGAUCACCGAAGACAAUUUAUGUAAUACCACUGUUGAAGUCCCUACGUCUGGAGACACCCAGAAGCAGGUAAAUGUGAAGCCUGAAGCAUGUCCUUCUUAUGUAAUAGACACAAAUAUCUCUCAGGUUAGACAGGGAUCAAUCCAAACUCAUAGUGACACAAUAAAACCUGGUGAAAGGGUAAUUUAUGUUAAUGCUAGACAAAGUCCAGUACACCAAGAACCGGCUCAGAGAGAUGCAUGUUCCGUAGAAACAAGUGAAACACUGAGGCAAGAAGAAAGUGAUUUUCCUGAACCACCCCCACCUGUAACUGACAUAAGUCCUUGGCAAUCAGAGUCAAAUACAAAAGGCACUAAAAGACCCUCUUUAAAAGAGACAAUGCCUAAGAAAGCAACUGUCUGUCCAUGGGAAGUAGAGGAUUCUGAGAAGUUAGACGAGAGGGAAGGUGCUACGAACAAGGAAUCAAUGAAAGUAGAUCAAGAGCAAGACACUGUUAAAAUAAUUGUGUGUCCAUGGGAAACAAGUGAGUCUGUGAAGUCCAUAGAGAAAGAAGAAAGUGUCUGUGGAGAUGUCUGUCCAUGGGAGACAAGUGAAAAUGUCAAGACCUUUCUGAAGCCGCAAAGUGUUCUUGAAAAUGUUUGUCCAUGGGAAACAGGAGAGAUAACGAAAACCUUGCAAAAACAAGAAAGUAUUCAUGCAGAUGUCUGUCCAAGGGAGACAAAAGACCCCACAAAGGCCUUACAGAAACAAAAAAGUGCCCAUGAGGAUGCUUGUCCAUGGGAGACAGGAGAGCCAACAAAGACCUUGCAGAAACAAGAUAGUGUUCUUGCACAUGUCUGUCCAUGGGAGACAGGAGAGCCAACAAAGACCUUGCAGAAACAAGAUAGUGUUCUUGCACAUGUUUGUCCAUGGGAGACAGGAGAGCCCGCAAAGACCUUGCAGAAACAAGAAAGUGUCCGUGCAGAUGUUUGUCCAUGGGAGACAGGAGAGGCUGCAAAGGCCUUGCAGAAACAAGAUAGUGUUCUUGCAGAUGUUUGUCCAUGGGAGACAGGAGAGCCUGCAAAGACCUUGCAGAAACAAGAAAGUGUCCGUGCAGAUGUUUGUCCAUGGGAGACAGGAGAGCCCGCAAAGGCCUUACAGAAACAAGAUAGUGUUCUUGCAGAUGUUUGUCCAUGGGAGACAGGAGAGCCCGCAAAGACCUUGCAGAAACAAGAAAGUGUCCGUGCAGAUGUUUGUCCAUGGGAGACAGGAGAGCCCGCAAAGGCCUUGCAGAAACAAGAGAGUGUUCUUGCAGAUGUUUGUCCAUGGGAGACAGGAGAGCCCGCUAAGACCUUGCAGAAACAAGAAAGUGUCCGUGCAGAUGUUUGUCCUUGGGAGACAGGAGAGCCCGCAAAGGCCUUGCAGAAACAAGAUAGUGUUCUUGCAGAUGUUUGUCCAUGGGAGACAGCUGAGCCAGUGAAAACCUUGCAAAAGCAAGAAAGUGUCUAUUCAGAUGUCUGUCCACAGGAGGCAAAAGCAUCACCCAAACAAUCUGAGCCACAAGACUGCAUUCAUGCUCUCCCAUCAAAAAGGCAAGACAGCACUCAAGGAUCUGUCUAUCCCAGGGAAAAUGACAUGGAAAUGACAGCAGAAACAACAGAAAGCAGCAAAAGUCAACCUGCCCCAGACAUACACCCUUCAGACUUAGACACACGGGCCGUGGAGGAAACGAGGGUUAACCCUCCUCUGGCUCGGCGUGAUGCAAUGUGCCCUUGGGAAAUGGAAGGGGGCAGACAAGAAUCUAUAACAGUGCAUGAUAAUUCAGAUGUCUUCACUUGGGAGGAGGCGAUACCAGAGGAAGAUGACGGUGAUGCAGAAACUGCUGCAGAGGCCUUCAUCUUUCCUUCAGACUUGUGACCCACAAGGGCAGUAUCAUUGUGCUUUAUAUACCUUGAAAGAAUCGUUAUUACAAAAUGGACCACUGGACACACAUUUCAGCUUUAAGCAGAAAAUCCCUCCACUUCCAUCAGCACAUUUCACUGACUGUUAUUUAAGAACGGAUUUCACCUAAGAACAGCAACCUUCUCCCUCCUCAGCAUAAUAAAUUGAAGACUGAUAACAAGACAGACUGCUCUCCUGUGCACAUUUCCCUUUGGCCUUAUAUUAACACAAACCCCCUGUUUAAUUUUGUAUUGUUUUGUGUGUAUUUGUGUUUGUAUGGCUAUGUAGAUUAUAUUGUCAGUAAAAUCUGUAUCACCAACAUACCUUGGGUGGAACAUUUAGAAAGAUUAAUUUCACACAUUUUCACACAAAAAACAAUGCACUAAUAUUAUCAAAUAAGUAAGUGAAGAAAAAUUCCAUGUUGCGACUGUUCAUCACUAUAUAUUUUAAACAGAUCUUUAGUCUACACACUAUUCGAAUGGUUUAGACCAGUGUUUUCCAACCCUGUUCCUGGAGGCACACCAACACUGCACAUUUUGCAUGUCUCCUUUGUCUGACACACCCAUUUCAGGUCUUGGAGUCUCUACUAAUAAGCUGAUGACUUGAAUCAGGUGUGUUUGAUUAGAGAGACAUGCAAAAUGUGCAAUGUUGGUGUGCCUCCAGGAACAGGGUUGGGAAACACUGGUUUAGACAAACAUGUUAUGCAUUUUACUUCAAAUUCUCAUAAUUGUCAAACACUUUACAUUACUUUAUCAGCUACUACAUAUCCAUAUAACAUAAUGUAAUUACAAUAGUGUUGUAAUUGUGUGAUUUCCGGUGUUAUUUCAAUGACGCACUUUCUCCUCCAAAACUCCAAACUCCAAAAAUGUCAGUCAACUAAAUAUUAGCAAACCUUAAUAUGCAAAGUGAUAUAAAGGCAAACAAGGUUUAUGAUUGUGGGGAAAAAAAAAAAAAAAAAAAAAUCACAACUGUUGUGAUUUCAUAAUAUAGUUUAUAGCACCAUUAAUUACAAAUAUUUUCACAAAACAUUUAAAUAUUAAUCACAUGAGAUCCAUGACUUGGUAUUUAACUGUAUGCUAUGUUAAAUUAUACAGUAAAAUGGACAGUAAUGUAAAGUGUGACC